UAUUUUCGUCGUGCGGCAGGAAAAACCCUGUGACCCUAGCCGGCACACGGGAAGGGAUGCUGUACAAUCGGCAGCGCAGCAUAAAAACCAUUAUUUGACAAUCGAUCUAAAGCAGUUGUGCGGACACGCUCGAACCGGACGGAAUAGCUUUGGAGCUUCGUUUCUAGCAACAGGUGUUGUCACCCUAGGAAGGGCGUGUGUGUUUUGUUUGCCAGAUUGUGCAAUCGUUGCUGUCGGGAUGAAACUGUUCGUGGUAUUGUUUGCCCUGUUGGCGGUCGCCAUUGCUGCACCGGUGGCACAGUUUGGAUUCGGCUAUCCCGGCUUGGGAGGAGCUAAAGCAUAUCGUAAAGCACUAAGGAGAGGCUUUAUUCCAGUAGCGGUUCCGGUACCGGUAGCGGUUGCACCGAUCGGUGUCUCUCCGGUCGGUGUACUAGCCCCAGUUGGAUACGUAGCGCCAGGACCUCAUUACGGUGGACACUACGGCGGCGGUGGUGGGCUACCGCUAGGUGGUGGCGGCUUCUCCGGCAGCCAGGCCAACGCACAGUCCGCCUCGUUCAACAUCGGGCUGGGUGGCAUCUCGGGCUCGUUCAGUAACUCGAACGCGAACUCGUUCGGCGGCGGCCAUGGCGGUGGGUUCGGUGGAUCCGGUGCCCAAGCUUCGGCCCAGUCCAGCUCGUUCGGCGGCGGACUGGGAGGAUUCGGUGGGUCGGCGUCCAGCGCGCAAGCGUCGGCCAACUCGUUCGGUGGAGGUGGCGGCGGACUGUUCCCAUUCUUCUAAAACCCGCAACCACACCCUGAGACUGUAAAUAUGUGCGGGCGAUCGUGCCUGUUUCUAAAUGAGAAACAAAAAAAUGACAAAACGACUCAUUUUUACACCACACCACAAUCCAUACGACCAUCAACGGGACGGGUCGUGUGUGUGUGAGUGUGUGUUUUUUGUUACGUGUGUGAGUGUGUGUUUUUUGUUAGAAUCCAUUUUCGUGUUGUAAGCUAUUUUGUGUAUGUUUAUUUAUGAAUAAAACAGAAAAAUCUCUUGUAAAAAUCUUUUAAA